AUCCGUUCAGCCGUUCAGGCUACAAACUCUAACAAACAUCCAUCUAAACUUUCGCAUUUAUAAUAUUAGUAUAAGUGUAUUUAAUGUAGGUAUGUCUAUUCUUCAUUGACUUUAAAGACUGUAAAUAUUAUAUUGUAAGUUGUGCAAGAUUAAUUUAUUUAGUUUUAGAGUUACGAAAAUAAACUCAUAGAGAUAUAUUUGACACUUUCAUUUCCACCCUCAAGUUCUUCGUAAAAGCUUCGAAGACGCCUGUUUCUGUCAAUAAACGGUAAAAAUGGAUUUUAUGCAAAACAGAUACGUAACCUCGCUUUAGGACAAAAAUAAACAUUUUAUCAAUUUAGUUUAGAAAAUAGAGUAUGAAUUGCUGCUUUGACGAAACCUAAUUACAUUUUUCGAUGAAAAAUGUUUUAGCAAUUAGAGAAGAACGAUAAUUAACACUGUCGUAUUUCCCCACUAGAAACAGAAUGGGUCACUUCUAAAAUGGUAGCGAUAAUAACCACUGGUACAUUUAGAUAACGUUUUUGUUAUUUUUAAAAGUUAAAUUAAAAAGUUGUGAUUAAAUAAGACAGGAGUGGAAUGUUCAAUGUUCGUGUUUAAAUUAAACCGGAGCAGUUUAACUACAAAAUGAUAUUUAAACUUUUGACAACAAUUUUUUUCAUUAAGUUGGUUGAAUCAAUAAACAACCCAAUAGUUAACACAACAACAGGACGUGUCAGAGGGAUUUUGAAACAUUGGAAUGAUUUAAGAUAUUAUACAUAUCUAGGUAUACCAUAUGCUGAAAAACCUACUGGCCAACUACGAUUUAUGCCUCCAGUUCCAAAGAGACCAUGGUCACAUGUACUAGACGCAACACACGAAGGACCAUCAUGUCCUCAAGGAUCGGAGAAGUAUCCCCGUGAAAGUACGGACGAAGAUUGCUUAUUCCUCAAUGUAUAUGUGCCACAGAAUAUUACCAAUAACAAAUUAUCAGUACUAGUUUUCGUACACGGAGGAACAUUUCGUUUCUUAUCCGGCAAUAGUGACAUAAUUUAUGGACCACAAUUUUUCCUAGAACAAAAUAUUAUUUUUGUUUCAAUGAAUUUUAGGUUAGGCUCGCUGGGAUUCCUAUCACUCGACACUGAAGGAGCACCGGGUAACGCAGCUUUAAAAGACGUCGUAUUAUCCUUGAAUUGGAUAAAAGAAAACAUUAAACAUUUCGGAGGUGAUCCUAAUAAAAUAACGCUUGGUGGACACAGCAGUGGAGCAACGAUGAUACAUUACUUACUGGUAUCUAAACAAUCUGUCAAUUUGUUUCAACGAGCAAUUAUGAUCAGCGGUAACGCCGUGAAUAACAGAGCAGUAGCAAGACAUCCCAAAGACAAUGCCUACAUGUUGGCUAAAGAACUUAACUUGGACACAAACGACGACCAUUUGCUACUUAAGAAACUUAAGGAAAUAGACGUUGUAGAUAUUAUAGACGCAGAAGUAAACUUGAUCAGAUAUGACGAAGUUAUUUUACGACCAUUCUCUUUUUUCCUUCCCACUGUUGAAAAAGAAUCUUCACAUGCAAUCGUUACUUCAGAGCCCAGUCAAUUAAAUGUACAUAAGAAUGUAUCAGUUUUAACUGGUUUCAAUGACAGAGAAGGCAUAUAUAUUUUACCAAAAAUAGCUAAAAAUGCUUCGAAUUUGAAAAAACUGAUGCAUAAUAUAGAACUGUGUAUACCAUCUAACAUAGAAUAUCCACUUAAAUCGAAUAUAUCAGUGGAUUUGGGCGAAUCAAUCAGAAAACGUUACUUCAACAGUGACUUAUCCAACUUUACUUUGAGUAACAUUGUCGACUUAGCGUCAGAUUCACAGUUUAUUUACGGGAUAGACGCGUGGAUAAAAAGGAAAAAAGGAGUAGAUAAAAGCAACGACUUAUAUUAUUACAUGUUCACCUUUGAUGGAGAUCUUAACUGGUCGAAAAUAAAUUACGACAUACAUUUCCCAGGCACCGCACAUGCAGAUGAAAUGGGCUACACGUUUGUCACUCUUAACACUGAAUUACUUUUAAAUAACAUUAGCAGCCGAAGCAGAGUAGUUCUGAACACGUGGACGACCUUAUUAGGCAACUUUAUUAAAUUCGGAAAUCCCACCCCGGAAGGAAGUAACUUUAAGUGGCCGAAAUAUGACCAAGACAGAUCAAUGUUUAUUAUAAACGAAAGCCCUAGGGAAGGGAAGCUUACAAAUCCGCUCCUCGACAGACUGAUGUUUUGGUAUAAUGUCUAUGAAAAGUAUGACCGUUACGUCAGAGAGGGUGGCGAACUACAGAAAAAAUGUAUACCGUAAUCAAAACGACGAAGUCAUUGUUAUAAAUAUUUUAUGGAAAACGAAUAAUAAUGUAAUAAACAUUU